AUGCCUCAAAUGGAUACCCCUCCAUGGAUGUCUCAAUCUUUUGAUGUGUGGUUCCGUUCGCCCCGUGGACUGGUGCAUAAUAUCCUUGAAAACCCAGAAUUCAAGAAUGAAGUCGACUACACACCAUUGAGGGAGUUUGAUCACGAUGGAAAACAGAAAUGGCGGAACUUCAUGUCUGGCAGCUGGGCCUGGAAACAGGCUGACAAAAUAGCAGAGGAUCCACAAACUCACGGUUCCAUGUUAGUCCCUGUAAUUCUUGGGAGUGAUAAGACCACUGUCUCAGUUGCAACUAGACAGAACAAAUAUUAUCCACUCUAUCUUUCAAUUGGAAACAUUCAUAACAAUGUUCGUUGUGCCCACAAAAACGGCGUUGUAUUAGUAGGAUGUUUGGCCAUCCCAAAAACCGACAAGAAAUACAGCAAUAAUGAUAAGUUCUGCAAGUUCCGCCGCCAACUUUUCCAUACAUCAUUAGCUUUUAUCCUUCAGGAUAUUUGGCCAGGAAUGACCAGUCCCAAGGUAGCACGAUGCCCUGAUCAACAUCUCCGACGAGUCAUUUUGGGGCUUGGACCAUAUAUAGCUGAUUACCCAGAACAAGCAUUGCCGGCUCGUAUUGUCCAGGGAUGGUGUCCACGCUGUACAGCGCUACCAACCAACCUUGAUGGAGAAGGCAAAAGACGUUCAGAAGAGCAUAUAGAAGCCCUUGUCAAUUGUUUAGAUUUAGGUGUAUUAUGGGAUGAGUAUGGCAUUGUAGGGGACCUGGUAUCUUUUACCAAUGACUUUCCACGCGCUGAUAUUAAUGAGCUCUUGGCUCCCGACUUACUUCAUCAGUUCAUCAAGGGUACCUUCAAGGAUCAUCUAGUCACCUGGGUCGAAGAAUAUAUCACACAAAAUUAUAGCUCAACUCGUGCAAACGAAAUACUAGACGAUAUUGACCAAAGAAUUGCUUCGGCACCUUAUUUUUCAGGUUUGCGCCGCUUCCCUCAAGGCCAUGGAUUCAAACAGUGGACUGGAGACGAAUCAAAAGCACUAAUGAAGGUUUACCUUCCAGCCAUUGAAGGACAUGUCCCCCCUGACAUAGUACGCACAUUCAAAGAUACAAGACACCCUCAGCAAAUUUCAUCGAUACCAAACAAUAUUUCAAAAUCUUGGUGUCAGGCCAACCAGGUUUUCUCUACCGCGUCAGCACUCAAUGACGCACUACUACCGCCUCAUUCAAGUGCUGUUAAGAAGCCCUGGUGUCGCUCGAGCAAGAACAAAGCCCUCGGCCAAAUGCUACUUAUUAACCAGAGGCUAGAUAAACUUGCAGCAUCCCGGAUUUCCUUCACCAGCCGAGGGAUGUUAUCUGGUACGGUUCUCUCUGAUACAUAUAUCCAGGCUGGCUUGCUAGAUGUUCCCGGCCAUCAUCAGCUCAUGAUCAAUGCCAACACUGACUCAAAUGCUGUUAAUGGCAACCAUAAUGAGGGCGGCCCUGUACCAGGACGCACAACUACUAGCCAUGUAGAACUAGGAAGAUGA